AAAAAGUCAUUUUUUCCGAGGAAAAUUGUUUGAGUGUUUAGACAGGUUGGAAAAGUUGCGCAGUGCCAACCUCAGAAAAUCUCAUAAAAGCAAUUAUGGAUGCUUUACCUGAGCAAACAAUUCGGUUAGAAGAAGGACAAGAUGCAAAUGAAUUAUUUGAAAAAUGUCUAGGAUGCUCUGAUGUUGGAAUCGUUUCUGGUACCGUUCGAAACAUGGAUGGAACCAUGGCGGCGGAGCUAGUUCGCAAAUUCGUGACAGAAAUGUCAUUAGAAAUGCGCCCUACCAUGGCAAUCUGGUUGCAUUGGAUCAUUGUAACUCACGGCGGAUAUCUAGCUAGUGUACAAGAUUUGCAAGAGCCAUUGAACGAGUUGCAUGGCAAGUUGAUACAUGGCGGAGAUCUUCUUAUGAAGAUUUCUGCACUCUCCGGAAGAUUAAGCAUGGUACUUGGACAAGCUGAGAUCCGAGAGAGUCGACGACUUGAUCAGGAAGAAAGUAGUGAAGAGGACAGUGAUUACGAGGAUGAACAAAACUCUGAUUACGAUAUUGAAAUAGUGGACGAAAAUGAAGAUGAAGUAGAUGAGAAUGAAGAAGAGGAAGCAGCAGCAGCAGCGGCUGAAAUUAUGAAACAUAAUAAUGUUGACAAAGAUACUGCCCACGCAUAUCUCUCUCCCGAUGCAGAAUUAUCUCCUAGAAGACGACAAAUGGAGAACAAAGAUCACUUGAGUGAAGAAGAAGAUGACGAUGCGCGAGCAUUACAAGAAAAUGCAACUGGUGAAUCUGGUUCAGAAUCCGAAGAGGAAGCAGAGGCUUCCAGGCCAGUUUCUGUGCGAAAGAAUCUUCGCUCCGAAAGCCCGAGAAAGUCUCUACGCAAAUCUAGGUAAAAAACCCGACUUUCGCUUUUUAAAUAUGGUUUGUGGUGUGAGUUUUUUGGUUGAAACAAUAUUUCAAGUUUUUUGAUUUAUUAUUCGUUUCUCACAAAAAGAGACUGAAAACAGCUAUGCGAUUUGGCUUUUGGAAUGCUUUCGUAGAAGUAUUAUAGAGGAUAAAAGCAAUAAGUUUCGUACUGAAUCUUUUCGUUAGUGUACGAAAAGGAUAUUAGCGAUUAUGGCGGUCAAAAAAAAAGAUUUCAACUGUUUAUGUAUGGAUCUAAUUUAUUUCAGGUUUAGAUGUACCAUAGGUUUUGGGUUUGGCUAAUAAUACCGUUUGAUUAUUACGAGCGUUUCUAUCAGCAACGCCCGUUUGGGCAUGAUGUUUUUAAUAAUUUUUCUAUACUUAUUAUACAUAACAUAGCUUCAAAGUCGAAUUAAAUAUUUGAAGUAUUCAUUUAUCCAUC